GCCCUCGCGCUCAUCACUGCGAUGAUAAACGUUCUGUCCUCUAGUGCGUUUGGUGGGCGAUUCAGUUUCGUUUAAAGUAAACGGCAGUGUUAUACCUAGUUUCCACGUCGCUUGGUUUUACAUCAAUUCCACACAACGAUCAACUCAAUCAUAACGCGCAAUCAAAAUUUCGUCGCUCAGGUCUAGUCGUGUUGGUUGUACACGCACGCGCUCCACAACAAGCCACCUGCCCCCUCCCCCUCCUCUCACUCCUACGUAUGGAUUAUGUUGUUUAGUUUGGUGGUAUGCGUGCCGUUCCAGGACGAGAAAUCCGCGGAACAGCUUAAAUAAACAAAUAAAGCAACUGUCAUCGAAGAAGAAUCAGCGCCCAGUGAGAAGCGUCAAGGCGUGCGACGGGGUGGACCGCGGCGAAGAGGAGAAUAUAUUUACAAAACUCUGCGAUUGAUAAGCGCAACGUGUCGGAAGAAGCGCUUUCGCGAAGCGCGGCUUGUGAUAGCAGCAUCCUCGGGCCGCCCGGUUGACAGCCCUACCACAGCGUGUGCUAGCAAAACAAGGCCGAGAUCGUCUCGGCCGUGUACCGUUACUCUACUUCAGAUUUCCAUUUCCUAACAACCCGUUCCGGGAUAGUUAUCGUUCGGUGCUCUUAUGUAUGUAGGCCGGUGCGCACUAUCCAGAUUCGUAUCGAACCACGGAUCGUUUACGAUAUUGUCCAGGGUUCAUGGCCCCAUCACGAAGGCCGUUAACGUCUAAAGUUCAGCAUCCUAGUAUAUGCAAACUGGUUUAACUCGUUUCACUCUACUGGCUGGUAGAUUUAUGACCGUAAGUUUGCUCGCCUAGUUCUGCGCGUGUUGGAUUUCAAAAUCCUUGUAAAAAAUAGAUUGUUGCCGAUCAUCAACAUAUGAUCGUUUACUGCACAGAACAGAAGGAUCCGCCUUUGAGUCAAGGUGCAUGCUGUUUACAAAUUAAAUGUUAUAUUGGCGUAACGUGAACGGUUAUUUUGUAAAAAAUAUAUUUGCUGUUGAUGUUGAGGAAUGCUUGUAAACCCAUCAUAACUACAUUAGGGAAAGGAAUGAAGUUUCAUAAUAGUUUUACUCCGACUUUAUCUGUUUCCAUGACACAAGUUUGAUUGUUCUGUCCUAGUUUUCAUAGAUUAUAAUGCACUAAUGGUUAGUGCCCCUUGUACAGCUAUAAUAUUCCAGGAAAAAAUCCUGUAAUCAACAGGUUGCUUGAAUAAUUUCGUUUGGCGGUAAGAGUGCAAUUUAAAAAAAAACUAAGUAUAAAAGCGAAUAUACACCAAUGGCAGCUAGUCUGAAAAUGCUAUCGAACAACAUAGUGUCUUCAAGUAAUUCAAACGCUGUUACUAUAGACAAGAGCCGUUCUGAAACUGAUAAACUGAUUGACGAUGCCUCGUCAAACAGUCGACAAUAUAGUGAAUCAGUUAGCCCACCGGCAUUUGAUUCGGAGCAAUCUCGUGCACCGUUAGCUAAUCUGAAUAACAGAGAUGUAGUGAUAACAAGCUUGAUAGCAGGAGCCAUCGCGGGAGCUUUAGCAAAGACAACUAUCGCACCACUCGAUCGGACGAAAAUUAAUUUUCAAAUAAACAAAGAUGUCCCUUAUACGUUUCGUGCUGCCUUGGGCUUUCUGAAGCAAACCUAUAGCCGGGAAGGCUUUCUAGCUCUUUGGCGCGGCAAUUCUGCGACUAUGGCACGAAUAGUACCGUACUCAGCCAUUCAGUUCACAGCACACGAGCAAUGGAAAAAAAUUCUGCAGGUCGAUCUUCACAAAGACACUGAAUUUCGACGCUUUUUAGCUGGCUCAUUGGCAGGCAUUACUUCGCAGUCGUUGACGUAUCCACUGGAUUUAGCACGUGCGCGUAUGGCGGUAACAGAUAAAUACUCUGGUUACAAAACUUUGCGUGAGGUCUUCGUAAAAAUAUGGCAAUGCGAAGGACCUCGAACGCUAUAUCGUGGCUACUGGGCUACAAUUCUUGGCGUUAUUCCGUACGCAGGGACAUCGUUCUUUACCUACGAUACACUCAAAAAUGAAUACUACAAGCGUACUGGCGAUAAAACGCCAAAAACUGUGAUAUCGCUUACGUUUGGAGCUAUUGCUGGUGUAAUCGGGCAAUCUUCAAGUUAUCCGUUAGAUAUUGUACGACGAAGAAUGCAAACCACCGGCGUUACAGCGCAGUGCGCUGAUCAGUACCUUACUAUUGGACGAACGUUAGCAAAAAUAUACAGGGAGGAAGGAGUUGUUGGUGGUUUCUACAAAGGGUUGAGUAUGAACUGGAUCAAGGGGCCUAUUGCAGUUGGAAUAAGUUUUGCCACCUACGAUCAUAUAAAGCAUCUACUUCGAGAUGUAAUGCAAAGGGAUCGGUAAUAGUUGAAGCGUAGAAACAUCGAUGAUUAAUGUUGAAGUUCCGAAAGUUGUAGCUACAAAUCGUUGCCCCUGAAACGAUGCGAUCACAAUGCCUUUAAAAGAUAGUUGCUAACUUCGCAAUUCGUAAUGUUACUACAACGUGGAGUGAGUCAAUCGUACAAACGUUCAGCGCCAACGGACAUUAAGGACAGUCAGGCCACAAAAUGAUACACAUUCAAUGUGUUACUCUGUCGAUUGUUUUACGGGAAUGUCCUAUUUUCUUACAACGAAAGAGAUUUCUAAAAAGAAUGUGUAUAAAUCUUGUCACAAUUAAGCUUUACAGCAGUCGAAUCGCGAUGCGAAUCAGGAAUUUACGAUGUUUUACAACCUGGAAUUGAUGUUAAUAAAACUGGAUUAAAG